UAGGGUUUCUUCCCUAGCUGUUCUUCACAAGAGCGGCGGCGAUCGAACUGCGCGGCGAGCUCCGAAGGAUUUUCCGCAUCGAGGAGGAAGAAGAGAGAAGAUGGGUCACUCCAACGUGUGGAACUCUCAUCCCAAGAGCUACGGCCCCGGUUCUCGCGCUUGCCGGGUAUGUGGAAACCCUCAUGGUUUGAUCCGGAAGUAUGGACUGAUGUGCUGUAGGCAGUGCUUCCGCAGCAACGCCAAGGAAAUUGGCUUCAUUAAGUACCGCUGAUUGAGGGGGAGUCAUGUCAUAAACAAUUGGAGGAGGUUAUGCAAAGAGUUUUGUCUGGACGUGUAAUUUCGAACUUUUCUUUCAUCUUCUUGCUCCAAGUUAGGCGUUACUGAGAUUUCUCUUGGAUAUGUUUGGUUGGCUGUUGCCCUUUGGAAGCUGAUUACCCCCUGGUCUACAGGGGUACAUGGACAUGGUUUAUUUGACCUCUUGAAAGAAAAACAAAAUCAGCAUGAGUACCUCUCAAGAAAUUUAAUAUUUAUUGACUUGCUUGUGCUA